GGCUCUCGAAGAGCAAAAGGCGCGCGGGCCGAUCUUUUUCUCCAUGGAAAAUAGAAAUUUUCUUGUGUUAGAUGGAGGUUUGGGGUCAGCAUUAAUCCGGGCUGGUUUUGAUAUUGACGUAAGUAAUUACGAUACUUUUUUUAUUUUAUUAAUGUCCACAAAUUCAUUUUCAGUACAACUCCGGGAAAUACAUCUAUCUCACACUAUUUCUCACAAAUUAGUUUAUAUGAAAAGAGCCGAAACAUGCAUGCGUUCUCAAUGUAUGGGAAUGAGAGGAAAUCUUACCAUUCAAUGUCUGGUACGUGUCUAAGGUGGUGGUGCUGCCUUGAAAGACAUCUUUCCCCACCCCCACCUCCGACAGUUCGUAAAAGUAUAAAAAAUAGAAAGGUUCCUGUACCCAGGGUCAUGUGUGUGUUACCAUUGGUCCAGGUGACUCUCCCUCUAAACUGCACAUCUAUGGUGCUGCCUCCCAUGGUUUCACUGUGACACUGGUUGCGUUGACUUCUGGGUGCUACACCUUGUCAAAGGGCAACCUGUGUGUUUUGUCCAAGACUGCUUAUUGGUUAUUCACAGCUAACCCAGGAUAGUAGAGAAGAUUGUAACUUUAAAUUAUUUGGAAAACAGUUGAUGUACCAGGUGGUAUAAGAUGCAAAUAACAAAAAAUUAUUAUUGUCUUGUCUUGUCUUGUCUAGUUGCCAUUUCCCUAUCCACAACCUGGGGACCCGGUGGAUGGGGUGGUCUCUCCCAGGAGCCAGGUAUGCAAGGUCGAGGUAUGGGAGACCAGAGUUUUGGGCACCCUUGCCUGCCUCCCUCCCUCCUGCCAUGGCCCCCUAUCAUAUGUGCAGCCAUACAUCUUUUGAGACUCAAGCUUAAAUUAUUUUUCUUAGGAAGAUCCACUUUGGGGUGGAAAAGUUCUCAUUGAAAAUCCAGAUGCAGUAAAAACCAUUCAUAAAAGGUAUGUUAUACUUAGUGGUAGGAAAUAUGAAGUAUCAGGGCUGUCAUUAAGAGUCGGGGGAACAGGGAUUCCCCCCAGCUCCUAUGUAUGUGACCCCUGGCUACUUUCAUCGGAAAAGAGAAGAAAAUCGAACUAAAAGAAAUCCCUCAGUAGCCGUUUGAUUCCCCGCAUACUUGUUGUAUCUACCCGGCAAAUUGAAACGUUAGUAACAAGCCCAGUAUAUUAGCUUAAACAUGUUUUGCCUUCAAGUGUCAAGUUCAGUUUACCACAUUUUGUCAGUUACAACAUCAUCUGAAUCCUUAGUUAACUGUCAGCAGUAAUAAAAAGGGUUUAUACUCGGCUUCUUCUUAUUAUUAUUCUAUCAGGUAGGAGUUUGAGUUUACUCUCACAGGGUGUUCUUUAGCCAUCGGAGAUCAGAGAAUUCUCCGUUUGCUAUGAAAAAUUCUCCGGCUGAUGUUUGGUAGCCUGUGACCAUUUUUUACUCAGAUGAGGAGCCUCGUUCAAAAUAUUCCCCUGUAACAUUACACCUUUCUCCUGCUACUAGAAUUCUUAAUGUAAACCCUGUUUGACACCAUUGGUCAGCCUUUUAGCAAGAUCUUGGGAUCCCUGAGUUGAGAGCUCAACACAGGCUAACCACAUAUCAGGUUCCCUUGAUUGCACUUUAACAUUGAAACAGAGUGCAAAGAAAAUCAUUUUUACAGCUUGUCAUUCGGGCAAGCUGAAGCUAGCAUUUACUAGCCCAGAUGUCAUUUUAAGUAGCCCCAAACACGUUUUGACCGGCAGAAUUGAUUUCACAGUUCUUCUGUUAUUCAAAUUCCUCAAAAAACAUCACUUGCCCAUCAGGCAAGGGAAAAACAGAAUUCACUAGCCUGCUAACAAAAUCCACUAGCCCCAGGCUAUCAGACACUACUUUCUUUGCACGCUGCAUUGAAACCAAGGAUGAUGCCAUCCAGAUUUGUACUAAAAUUUUGUACAUUUUGUACUUUUUGUAUUGCCAUUUCAUAUUGAUAACUUAUUACAAAACAGGGCACAAUGAAAUAACCUGAUCUUUUUAUCAAAAAUGGUUAAAGUGAUGAACUGUUCCAUCCAGAAAGUAUCUCUGAAACCGAGACUAUUCUCUCCAAAAAACAACCACAACUAAUCUUUCUUGUGAUUUUCCCAAAAAUGAAUAUCUUUAAUUUACAAGGUUAAAUCUGAAAAGUAAACUCUCCAAAAGACACAAAAAUUCUUUAAGAUACAUUGAUAUCUGAUCUAGUUGUUGCAAAAAGACUCCUCUAAGACUAUUUUGUACUUAUAGUUUCCUGCUAAGUGGAGCAAAUGUUGUGAUUACCAAUACUUAUCAGGUACUUUCUUUGUAACUACUGUUAAUAAUAUCUUGAUGGAAACAAAAGAAAGAUGAUUUUGUUUUCAGUUAUGUUUUAAAAAGCAUGGGGCAAAGAACCUUGAGUUGCCAUUUGACCCUCCCGUUUUGGCCUGAAACCUGUCGUUUUAGGCAAAUAUUUCUGGCCUCCCAUUUUCGCUUACUAUUCUCUGGGUUUUUGAAACUCUUCCCAGCAAAGAAAGAUAAAGUUUUCUUUGUUUAACCAGUCUUUUCAGCACGAUUCUUUGCUGUUUUUCUGUGAUUUCUCAGCCAUCUUUGCCCUUUUGGCAUCCGAGCAUGAGCCUGCAAUAAAUUUGGGCACAGUAAUGUACUGAUGUGAUAGGGACCAAUAAGCCUAGCUUCCACUGCCUGUUAAAAACGCCACUAUUUUCUAUUGACUGUGAUCUCAAAAUGCAGGAAAUGGCAUCCUAGAGGCACAUAUGUUAAAAUUUUUUCAGGGUGAGCAUGUCCCUGAACCCCCCUAGUGGCUCACGCUUUCCAUGCUCGUUGGCGUGGCAGCUAUGCUGCUUCACAAACCUCCCUUUAAUUUUUUUCUGCUGAUAGGAUUGGAAUCUCUGUACAGGGCUCAUAAAAAAGUCCUGCCUGUGUCAUGGACAUGCAGAUUUUUCUGCCACGCAAGUUGCUUUUCAUGCAUACUUGCCUGGUGGGCACAGGUGCAGGCAAGUUAUCCUCUAUCUAACUGAAUCAGAAACUUAGACAAGGAUGCAAUGGCCCUGGAGAAGCAAACUUUGAAUGCAGCUUGUUCUGACAACUUUCAGUUUUUCCAAUCACUGUGGAUCUGUUAGGUUUAAAUAAAGCCCCUUUUUGACAUAUCUACCUUUUAAGUUGAUUUUGUUGCCAGGCAUUUUUAGUGGUCUUAACUGGUUCUUACGUGAAUGCAGAACUCAGAAAACCUCCUUUGCUAUCUUCAAAGUCCCAAUUUGAAAAGGAGGGGCAGUGGGAUGAGAUAAAUGCAAUAGGAAAUAAUUUAACUUCAAUAAUAUAAUAUAGGAUCAUUUUGAUUUUAAUUUCUGAUGUGUUUCAUUCUCAGGUUACCAUAGAGGGACUUUGUCAACAUUAUGAUCUUAAUCAGAGUGAGGCUGUGUCUUUAAUUUACAAAGCUGUGAAAAUAGCACGGGAUGCUUGUGAUGAAGUGAGCAGGUAACAAUAGUUCUUAAGUUCCUUAUUGUUGUGUAAUUUAUGUUAACUCCCCAGAAAAGGACUGCCACGUACAGAACACAGAAAAAUUAUUUUUUGGUUUAAGCACUCACAGAUAAUAAUAAGGUCAUUCACGAUGACUUUUUUUAAACUCAUCCCCAACAGAUGGGUGUGGGGAAGGUGCCUGAAUAAAUUGAGGGAGCCGCAAGUGGACAUGAAGGUAACCAUGACAACCCUGUGAGUGGCAACCACCAAACGCCAUAACACUGAGAUCCUCAGUGGAAAGUUUUGAGAUACUUACAAAGACCCACCCAGAGCAAGGGAAGGGCUGGGAGCAAAAGGGCCUUGACAGGAGCACAAACAAAGACAGUGCGUGCAAAAUGACUUAACCUCCAAAGGAGUGCUGUAAAAAUACUGAGGCCCUGGAAAGGCCCUAAGCCUGCCUGGCCCCACAUACGAUUAGCUACAAAGACCACUGGCCAGCAUUGUCUUGUGUUUAACUUUGCCUAAAUUACAUUUAGCCACAUUUCAUUUUUGUUCAGGUUAAAUGUGAUCACGUACAGAGAUUAAUUGUUAUAAAGGUGAUUUUAACUGACUGACUGUCUGAUUAACAAGGGUGGUUUUCUUGCUCUCUAAGUGUGGUACUUGAAAAGCCAAGAAAAGUGCAUGGUCAGUACAUUUAUUCUUAUCUUUUACAGCACCAACGUUGGAUGUCAAGAAAAGCUUCUGGUGGCUGGAUCAGUAGGGCCAUAUGGAGCAUGUCUACAUGAUAGAUCUGAGUAUACUGGAGACUAUGUUGAUAGCAUGACCGUUCAGGUUAGUUGUGAUAACUUUAGGCUGGUAAAAACAUACCUAAACUGCAGCUGCAGUUAUAGAUGUUCACAUAUAGAUUUAGCUGAGGCUAAAGGCAAAGCUCCCAUAAAUAAAAAAACAUUGCAAUAAAGAAAUCCAGUUAGAGUUGAGCCUGCGACCAGCUGAAAACUAAAUGAUUGUCAGCGGUAAACUUGAAAGAAACACAUAACCUUGAAGGUCAACAUCUGAGCCUGCAAUACGGUCAUGUGAUUACUGGUCAGCAGAUACACUAUUUUGACUGUCAAUUGACCACAACAUAGUUGUACAAUAUCAGAUUUCAGGGUUCCACACUUAGCUAGAAAGUGUAACAUUUCAAAUUGGUUUCCUUAUGGACAGACAAGCAGCAGGUGGGCGGGUGGACGUAUGGUUACGUCCCUUCCAAAAUAUCUUGGAUGUAUAGGUAACCAAAUUUUCUUAGGUAUGGGGCUCUGCUCACGCUCGCUUAGAGCUCUGCAAAAAGGUCCAACAAGCUGGUGAGGACUCAGAGUGCAAAGAAAGUCGGUUUUACAGCCUGCCAUUCAGGCAAGCUGUAGCUAGCAUGUACUAGCCCAGAAGUCAUUUCAGCUAGCCCCCAAACCCUUUAUGAUCAGCAGGACUGAUUACAAUACUUCUGUAAUUUGAAUUUCCCCAAAAAACAGCACUUGCCCGUCGGGCAAGUUAAGAAAAAAAAUCACUAGCCCGAUAGCAAAAUCCACUAGCCCCAGGCUAUUGGACACGGCUUUCUUUGCACGCUGGGACUUCAAUGCCAGAGCUUAUCCUGGUUACAGUGUCAUGAUCAACUUAAAAAAUGCUGGAAGGGAUGCAAGUCCAUACAAGGUUAACUACCACCAAUGUGGUGCCUGGGUGGAGAGAAACAGUGUCAAAAAAAGAUUCUUGAUGUCUAACAGUAUAAAAGAAAGAUUAUUGACAUCUGAAGAGAUACAUAUACCAAAAUAACUAGCCUCCUACAUAGAUGCAUCUUUGACUCACUACCCAGUCCUCCUGAGGAUUACCAAGGAUGGCAUGAAGAGCAAGAAGGGUGUCUAUGUAGGAGGCUACACAAUAGCUCUGUUUUGUUGCACAUCAGCACUUGACCCACUUUCAGUAGUGGUACUGCUACAUUUAGUUCCCUUCUGGGCUGAGACACUAGAAAAGUAUGGGGGUCCAUUCUUGGUUACCUUCACAUUGAGUUUUAUAUUUGGUUCUUGUCUAUAGUAGGGAAAUAACGUGAUGGUUCUUCAGAAUUAUUGUCCACUUUCAAAUCGGACCCCAUCCUUAACCUCCACUAGUAAAUAUGUGCUCUUUCAUUACAGGAACUUAUGGACUGGCACAGACCCAGGAUAGAUGCUCUGCUACAAGCUGGGGUGGAUAUGCUAGCAAUGGAGACCAUCCCUGCUCAGGUAUAUCUACAAUGUCCUUUGGAAAAACCCCUUCUGGCAGAUCAGGAACUAAUCACGUAAUCUGAAGGCUGCUUUUAAAAGAAACCUUAAAGAGCUCUUCCUUUUGGUACAAAUGGUUUUAGGGCAUCAUUCUACCUGCCUGAAAGGGUUGCAUUACAAAGCACGCAUUACUAAGCGAUGAUUCAGUUCUUAAUGUCUUCAAGUGGCUACAUCAUAGUCAGUGAUUUUAAACUGUUGGCUUUAUCUCCUUUACCUUGUCUUGCAGUUAAGUGCAGAGAGUUGGAAGGGAGCCCAGUAAGAAAAAAGAACGUAGGGGACAAAAACCCAGUGGCAUGGUCUGCCUAUGAUGACGGGGGUGAAUAGGGGUAUGCAAAUCUGCCGAUCCAUUAUGAUUUAUUAACCAAAUCCAUCCUUCUAUUUUCACCCUGAAUCUGAAAUCUGGGCAAAAAUAUUUCAGUCACACGCAAAGUCUAAAAUCCUGGCCCAAAAAUAGAUGAAUCCGCAAUCCGCCGCCAUUUCAGGAUCCGGAAAUCCGUUAAAAUCCCUCUUUGAAUCUGAAAUCCGGGCAAAAAUGUUUUCAAAGUCCGCCCUCCGUUUGCCUAUUCACCUCCCUCUGUGAUUGUGUGAGUGGAAAGAUGGGGCAGAUAUCAAUAAUUGCGGUGAAUGUCCCGAAUUAUCACCUCCUGCCGCAGAAAUUUUAACUUUUUUUAAUCCACCACUAGAACUUUGUGGGUUAACUAUUACAGCUAAAAUUUAGUCACCUUCCAAAUGUUUGGUCUGACUAGAAACUAUUUUAGCAAUGGUCCUUCUCUCUGUCUUACAAUGCCAAGACAUGGGCCAGAACUGUACAUGUGGACUAACGGUUUUGAGACUCUUUGUCUCUGUUCAUGUUUAUUACUAGAAAGAAGCAGAGGCACUUGUCCAACUUCUCAAGGAAUUUCCCUCCGCAAAAGCUUGGCUAACGCUAUCGUGCAGGGUGAGGUCAGGAUUCUUGUAUGUCCAUGUCUAUCUGGGGUCAUCCUUCUUGUGGCUCACUUGCUUCAUUGUGUUCAUAGUAUCGUGCAUAAUGUUUCUGUUUAGCACUGUGAGCAAUACAGUUUAAACUAGGGUUUGUACAGUCUUGAAUUCCUGAAAAGGUCUUGAAAUUUGCCCAGCAAUGUUCCGGACCUGGAAAAGUCUGGAAAUAUGGUAAAAAUCUGGAGUUUUUUUUUUUUUUUUCAAAAAGCUGUAGCAAUUUCUUUAUGAUUUUUUUUCCGUGGUCACAUCCUAUUCAAUCUCGCCCAUAGCCAAGACAUACAAUUACAGAAUGAGUAGUUUCAGAACUUUUUUUCUCCUCAUUGCAGUGGUUACUGUACGUUUCGGUUGCAUCAUGAAAAAAGCUUGGAUCCUGCGUUUUUCAAGGUCUCUAUUGAUCACCUAUUGUUAACCUUUAGUCUGGAAAAAUAAAUUAUUAUUUUGGAAUAAAGUCUGGAAAACGUCUUUAAUUUUGGAUCCAAAAAUCUCUACGAACUAUGUUAAUCUGAUUUUUAUGUAAAUUCUCAAGAUAGAACAGUUUUUUUUCCGGAAAUGUCGUAAAGCAGCUCGUACAACAAAAGAGUUUUACUUGAAUCUUUCUAUAUAUAUUUGUCUUACUUUUUAAGUCCUGAAGAGACACUGUGGGUAAAUAAAGAUGUUGUUAUUGUUGUUUAUGUCACAGGUCAAAAUUAAAUCCAGGUUAAACUUUUUUAACUGAGGUUGAUUCUCAAUUUCCUUUGUCUCUUAGCUCUAAUUAUUCGCGAAAAGUCCCUCAGCGGUGAUGAACGAGGAGAAACGUCUGCCGUUCGCAGGCUAUGGCUCUGUCAGUGAAAGAAUAUGUGACGCUUUUCGAUAAGAAUUGGCGUGUUAAAUUUAUGGCUACAUUUAUGUUUUAGGAUGGAAGUCACACUUGUCAUGGAGAAAUGUUCUCUGAUGUAGUGCAAAACGUUGUCAGGCAGUCAACUCAAGUGAGUCUUAAAGGUUGUAUUGAGGUCAUUAGAAAUAAAUUCUUCAUCACUGUAGUCAGGGGCACCCAACGUCAAUUUUUGGAAAAAAUCUGUUCGGAAGACGAUUUGAGCUCUAGAAUUUUCGGAACAUUUGUUGUAAAGUAACAAGACGUACAUUUUCCUUUAAAAUAUUUUUUCGAAUGCAUAUUGACAGGUAAAAAAGUGGAGUGUGGAUAUUUGUUUUUAUUACAGGGUUGUUUUCCUUUUAAAAACAUUACAUUAUUGUUUUCCCACUCUUUGAGUUUCUCUCCUCAUAUGAUCCUGUUUCACUCCUAGGUUGUGGCCGUUGGUGUUAAUUGUACCUUUCCUUUGUAUGUAAAGGUGUGUGCUCAAGAUUACUCCACCAUUGCUAAUUUUGGUGUGCCUUGUUAACAUGUUAUAUAAUACCAUCAAAUUAUGUACAAUAAAUAGCAGCACGACAAGACAUACAUGAAAAUAAUUGCAGAACUUCAAAGGUGGAAGUUGUUCACACUGAGUUGACCAGAUUUAAACUACAGUCAAAUCUCUCGGAAGCGACCACCUCGGAAAUUCCAAAAAGUGGUCGUAACUAGAGCUGGUCACUUAUAGGGAUGAGCUCUCGCACGCGACCGCAUGGUAAAAGAAAAACUAACAACGACGGAAUGACUGGGUAACAGACAAUUUGACUUACAAUAAAUGCGGUACUCAGCUCUGAGAAAAAGACGGAUCGUAACGCACCUAGCCUGCGAGCAAGCUCUCCUGUUUGGGCGAGUGAAACGCGUUCUCGCGAGGCUCGGUUCGUUUGUCCAAAUAGGAGAGCUUGCUCGCAGGCUAUAACGCACCAAAGACAUUUAACAGUCCUCCUAGCAAAUAGCAUUACGGCUAAGCUGACAGACGACCAGAAUCAUCGCGACAUAAUUGACUAAUCAAUAACAAUAAUAACCACAGUUAAAUACCAUCAACUGACGUGAUACAAUUCACUUUGACUCUGAAGAUUACUACCUCGCAGGUUGUCUAAACGUCAGUCAACAACAGCUGACAGCUGGCUCCACUUAUUUUAUAUGAUCAUUUGAAUAUUUUUAUUUAAUUUUCUUUUGAUGUAGCCCCUGUUGCAGAGCAUCAAAGGCAAAGUGGAUCUACCCUUCGUUGUUUACCCUAACAGUGGGGAAAUGUUGAAAGAUGGAACGUGAGUGCUUUACUAGUAUUGGGAGUCAUUCAAAUGGGAGAAAAGAAGAUGAAAAUUGGGAAAGAGAGAAGAAUAGGAUACUAGUGGUGGGGUGGGUAGAAAGAGUAAUGAGAAUUUUGAAAAUGAAAGAAAAGGUGUAAGUGUAGAAAGGACCAAGAACGCCGGGUAAAGUCAAAGAAUCACUCAUGUGUUGCCACCGACUCUGUCGUGCUCAAAUACAUGGCAAUUAUAUCAUCUUUAAGGAGAGGGGCAAAGGAUACUUUGAAUCAGAUAAUAAUGACUUACUGAAGAUCAGUAUCCGUUUUAGAAAUAAGGGUGAUGAGUGGUCGAUCGAAAAUGAUGCGUCUCGAAAAAUAUCAGCGGAGUCUUGAAAACUCGACAUCUAAAAUAAGAGUCUCGGAAUCUCGGUCUCGCUAAAAAAUGACUCGUCUCGAAGUCUCGAAGAUGGAUAAUUUGGAUCGCGGAAUCUCGAAAAUUGUACCCGAUAUUAAGCCAUGUAUAUUAUAAUCUCGAAGGCAAGGUUUAAAACCAGGGUCUCGCAGCCUCGAAUUUACCAUUCUAUAUCCCUAAAAGUGAUUAUUACAUGCAUCUAGGAUGGAUUCCUCUAGAAAAGUACAACUGCACAGCCUUGUGGAUGGGUGGAUUGAAGCUGGAGCUGUUUGGAUAGGUACGUUUUUGAGAGCAGAGAAGUGAUCUUGAUCGCUGAACCGACCAUGACACUACUGCUCCUUCACUUGCUCGACCAACGGUCAAAAACCUUUUUGUUUUUCGUUCCACUGGGACAAGGUAAACUGACCUCAGCUCUAGCAGGAGAUAGCUAUUACGGUGUUCAGCAGUGACGGGAAACAAAGCAGAAUUAGUAGGAUUAAAAGGGACUUUAAGAUCCAACGACGUUAUGGCAACGACAACGUCAAAAAACAACAACUUUGCACGUGCAGCACACGUUUUUGCAUAUUUCUUUGCCGUUUUUGCAGACUACGACGUGAAAAUGCCUAUAUUUGACAAGGUAAGUGUGUAAGAAUAAUCGCGAUAAACACUGAAAGAAUGCAAACUUACGUUUUAAGCGACGUUCUCGUUGCCGUCGCGUCGUUGGAUCUUAAAGCCCCUGACAGAAGGCGUGAACGCGAUUGCUUAAACUACCCUUUGAAAAGUUGGGAGAGGAGAAGAUUUCCGCGUUCGCGAUCACAAGCUAGUGGUAAGGAUAAGGCAGGCUUCAGUCGCGGUCAUAAUUACUUAAAACACCAAAUACACCACGUGUUCGCACAAGUACAUUUAUUGCUUCCCUCUCCUCAACCUAAUGUUGGUUUCACGGGUAACGUCUUCAAAAUCAACAUUGACGGGAGAAAGAUAAAGAAAUCUGCACACACAACCUCGUCCCCAGGGCUUUUCCCUCCAAGAAUGGGUGGGGCGCCCCACCUAUUUUUUAAGGGAAAAGCCCUGGGGACGAGGUUGCUGCACACAUUUCAUCGAAUGUGACAGAGGUGGUUGAUACCCUUUUCCUUCAAUUCCCCGGGGGAAUAGUCCCUGUAAUGGGCAAUACGGAAGGGCUCCGCCUGAAAGGGGUAGCUUUUUCAGGCUUCAGGUAUAUUAACUUGAAAGGGUAGCAAUAUCACUACUUUAAGCAUUUCUGGUAUAUGAAGGGGUAGGGAAAUGUCAUUGUGGUCUGAAAAAGGACCUAAAGGAGCUAUCACACACAUCUCAUGGUUGUGUAAAACCCACGAAAACUUUCUUGUCUAGUGAUUUAUUCAUAUUGAAAGUGAGUUGUAUUUACUGGAGGUAAAGGAGUGCAAUAUUGUAAACCACAGGUACUAUUGGGAAAGGGUUACCAUCUCACAAUAGAAGGUAUACGAAAAGGGUAGCUUUUUCUUUACUGAUAUAUGAAAGGGUCGCAAGACGAGCUUCGACUUUUAUCCCUGAAAUGACCUGCAGAGAAUGGAUAGCAAGACUCUUGAAUUUGUUACCGACGUUCACUGCUAACAUCAGACAAAGUGGAUUUCAAUGUAACUAUGCGUACUGAUGUUAUGUUGAAACUAAUUUCGCAGGAGGUUGUUGUCUGACGAAACCAGAGGACAUAGUAAAGAUACGAGAAGUAGUGGACAAGCAUCGAUGACCAGCCAAGCAAUCUUCAAAGGAUACCUUCAGCUGUAUCGCAGUGUUCUAACCAGACUGCGACAAUGCAGCACUUUUUCGGGAAAUGCCGCACUAAAAUUAACCCAAGGGCUCCUAAGAGCGCAAAGAAGGAAAAAAAAAACUAUACAAAACCUACG